AUGGCAGGUACACGAUCAGUCCCGAUGCUGAGCCUGGAAGCUGCAGUUGUAGCUUCAGAAGCGGCACAACAGAAGGCGAAGGAGAUGGGAAUCGACUUCAACAUUGCCCUGGUCGAUGGCACGCUUCACCUGCUGCACUUCACCCGCAUGCCCAACGCCAAGUUGACCUCAAUCGACAUCUCCAUCAAUAAGGCUUUCACCGCAGCUGGCCAUCGCGCCCCAACGUCAAUAUACACGAACAGCAAGAACUUCUUGCCGGGGGGACCAGGUUACAGCAUCCACAAUUCGAAUGCUGGCCGCUUUUCGUUGAUUGGGGGAGGGAUUCCAAUAACGGUGGAUGGGCAGGUAGUGGGCGCUAUCGGAGUCAGUACGGGAACUCCAGCGCAGGAUAUCGAGGUCGCUACGGCUGGUGUUGAUGCUGUGAAUGCUUGGAUCAAGAGGAAGCAGGGCCCGAAGCUGUGA